AUUAUUAUUAUUAUUAUUUUAUAAAAUUAAAACCUUAUCUAAAAUCUCCAAAGGGCAAAGGGCAAAUACGACUCAACUCCACAGAAACUUGGAUCCUCAAAAUCAAAUUUGUAGAGAAAGCGAAAAUGGAUGGAUUGCAGCAAUGGGGGGUUCCAUUGGUGGGCAUUGUUGCAGCGGCAGCCAUUACCUUCUACGCCGUAAGCUUUUCUGAGAUUCGAGAGAAAUCAUUCAGAGAUUUGGAUGAAUCUGAGGAUGAGAAUCGAGGGUUUAAGAUGACUGCGAGUUCGAGAGAGAGGCGAGCGAGAAGGAAGGCUGAAAAGGAAGCGAAACGAUGAGAAUUUCUCUCUUAUUUCUCACUUUUCUUCAUUUUCUUUAAGCUUUCAUUCCUUAUUUUGGUGCCUUAUCCGUAUAUUUUAUAAGUUAUACAUUUGAUGAGUUGUCUAAGUGAACAAACAUUGAAGAUAUUCCAUCGAAUCUCGAA